AUGGAAUUCAAUUUCCCAGGGACAAAACCAGUUGUCUCAUCGCAAAUGCUGCAUAUAUCAUGCUCGGGUCUUCAAUCCGAGGGCAGUCUCUUUGACAAAGACGGUGGGCCGGUGUAUGAUAGCGUUACAGUAUUGACCGGCAUGUGCUUAUUUACGCGCAAAGUGCUGGACGAAAGUGUCUCUGAUGGUUUUUUGGACACCCGGAGGCUGUUGGGGAUGCCGCCCACUCUGUAUGAAGUGGAGAAGAUCGCCGGAUUGUCGUCCGCUAUUGCAGAUAUAGCCGCUCUCGUCUUCUCCAAGUACGAUGGGAAGUGCCACGUGCCGCUCAAUAUCGUGCUAGAUCUUCCAACCUGGCAUUACUACGAGAGCAUCGAGGACCGCCUUCAACACAGGGGCUAUAGGCCAAGUGAGGUGAUGGAUUGGAUCGAAGCAAUAAUGCUCCGCAGUCAGCAGUUGGCGGGAGUACUUAAGAGAGCAGUCCUGCACGAGCUGGAUAGACGCGGUGUUCCAAGCACACGGCGUCUCUACGACAUCCAAAUUUCUCCGGGAUCAUCGUUGGUCGAUGACGCCUUCCGAGAAGCUCUCAAAUACGACAAGUCGCCAUGUCUCGAUGAUAUCCUUGAGACGCUUAGCAGUAGCCAAGAUGGCUCGUGGCGGCAAUUCUACUCGCUCCUGCCUGACCGGGAGAAACCUCAUUCUAUCAAGGACCUAAGCUAUCUCUUUUACGUUUUUCAGGUUGCCCGUCCAGCUUUGUUGGCUGGGAUUCGAUCCGGGAAACAGCCAAGUCCGACAGAAUCAGCUUAUAAGGAUUCCACGCGCAGUGGCGAGCGACACCGUCCUGCUUCCGGCCGCAGAUGCGGGAGGAAGGAGGAUCAGAUGCCCCGUCCAUUGGUCAUCAGUGUUGAUGAUCGUUCGGAGCGUAAAAUAUAUUCAAAGGCCCACAGCAUUUUCCUUAAACUCCCCAAAAGUCCAACUUACCCGGCUGACCCCACGUUGGUCCAAGUUUACACGCCUCGCCGGGUUUUUAUUGACGGGAACAGAAAAGGCGAGCGCCUGUACUGGAACGAUCCCAGCCCAGUGAUGCCUCUGCUCAGUGAUAAGAAGGCCUAUGGUGAUGGAGGGGAUGCGGAGUACAGCAAGUACUCCCGAGAACUUCAGCAAAUGGACUUUAUCGCGAAGUUGUAUGGUGCUGAAUGUGCAGACAAUAUCCAGCGUUGGUCAAAGCAGGUUGGCUUAUGCUGA